AUCGGUCUCCCUGUUUGAGUCUCUGUCAGCUCCAAUAAAACGUUUAUCGAUCAGCUCUGACAGAAAUGUGACGUGCGGCGACCGGCCGUGACGCGUUCUGCGCAGGCGCGGCUCCUCCGUCCGAGCCUCCGGUUAGUUUUAAAGAAGAGCAGCAGAGCGACACCAUGAACCAAGUGGAUUCUGUCCAGCAGCAGCGGACUGGAAGUGUGUGUUUGGAGGAGAAAGUGCAGAAGAAACGCCUCCAUCAUCCGCAGGACGUCGUUCUGAAGCAAACCUCCGAUGUCCAGCAGCUGUUGGUGAUUAAAGAAGAAACUCCCGAUGAAUGGAGCCCUAAUCUGGACCAACAGAACCCAGAGACGUUCCACGUAAAGGAGGAACAGGAGGAACUGUGCACCAGCCAGGAGGAGACUGAUAGGUUAACAUUCACUGCUGUUUCUGUGAAGAGUGAAGAUGAUGAAGAGAAACCUCAGUCCUCACAGCUUCAUCACAGCAAAUAUCAGGCAGAACCUCCAACUAGCAAUUCAGCUAAGCAGAUGAAAACAGAAAGUGAUGGAAAGGACUGUGGAGGACCAGAACUAGACGGAAAACCUGACACAAAUAGUCAUAUACAACCAAAUACUGAUGGAAAGUCUACUGACUAUUCAGAGAUUAUUGAUAAUGAUGAUGAGGAGGAGGAAGAGGAGCUGGAGGAAGAUGAUUGGCAGGAACCUUUGUCAGAUUUUGGACCUGAAACUGAAGAUGGUGACACUGGGGUGUUUCGGUCAGGUGUGAAUACCAAUGUGGGAUCUAACGGUGACAAAAAGACCUUUGGCUGCUCUGAGUGUGGUAAACAGUUCCUCCACAAGCGUUCUCUUUGGAGACACAUGAAAUGUCGUUUGGGAAAAACUUUGUCCGGCUGUUCAGUUUAUAGGAAGUAUUUGGAAGUGAGGCAAAAUGCUGAUUCAUAUGUCAGAGAUCACACAGGAAAGAAACUGUACGAGUGUGAUUUUUGUGGACAGAGAUUUACACGGCAAUAUAAUCUGAACAGGCACAAAAGAGUCCACACGGGAGAGAAACCAUUUUUUUGUCAAGUUUGUAGUAAAACCUUUUCGCGACCGGAGGAUCUGAAGCCUCACAUGCGAGCCCACACAGGAGAGAAACCAUUCAAAUGCUCCGUUUGUGGCAAAGGAUUUAGCCACAAAUUCCACAUGAAGAGACACAUGAGCGUCCACUCAGGAGAGAAAGCAGUUAAUGGUGGUAAAAAAUGUACAUCUCAGGAAAGUCUGGAGAGACACGUGGAGGUUGUUGGUCUGUCUCUUAACUCCCCACCAGCUACAGCUAAACCAGAAGAAAAACUGGACACUGAAUGCCCUGGUUCCCAUCAGUCACAGGAGGAUAUCAACCAAACAGCUGUGUUGCCUGCAGAUGUCCAGCAGCUGUUGGUGGUUAAGGAGGAAGUUUCCCAUGAAUGUGGCCCUGAUCUGGACCAGGAGGACCCAGAGAGCCUCCACAUAAAGGAGGAACAGGAGGAACUGUGGACUAGUCAAGAGGGAGAGCAGCUAAAUGACCAGGAGGAGACUGAUAUCUCCAGUUUCCCAUUCACUGCUGUACCUGUGAAGAGUGAAGAUGAUGAAGAGAAACCUCAGUCCUCACAGCUUCAUCAGAGCCAAAAUGAAGACAACAAAGAGGAAGAGCCUCCAACUAGCAGCUCAGCUACACUGAUGAAAACAGAAGGUUAUGGAGAGGACUAUGGAGGACCAGAACCGGUCAGGAGCACAGUUCCAAAUGGUCAUUUAGAACGAAAUACUGAUGAAAAGGACUCUUCUGAGACUGACGUCAGUGAUGAUGAUGAGGAUGAUAUGCAGGAACUUGUAUCAGAUUCUGGAGUUGCAACUGAGGACAAUGAAAAUAGUGACUGGACACCUGUGGCAGGUGCAAAUACUUUGAAGUCUCUUCAAAACAAGCGGUCUCUUCAGAGACACGGGACAUGUUUAGUUAAGAAGAAGUGUUUCCAAGUAAAGCAAAACGUAGAUUCAGUGCUGAAAAACCACACAGGAGAGAAAUCUUUUGACUGUGGUGUUUUUGUAAAACAAAUUAGACACCAGUAUAGUUUUAAAUCACACAUCAGAAAUCAUACAGGCAAGAAACAGUUUGUUUGUGGUAUUUGUAGUGAAACCUUUACACAACAGAAAAAUCUGAAGCGACACAUGAGGGUACACACAGGUGAGAAACCAUACAGUUGUCAUGUUUGUGCUAAAAGAUUUACACAACAGGGGGUUCUGAAGAGACAUUUGAGAGUCCACUCAGGAGAAAAGCCAUUUGGUUGUGAUUUUUGUGGCAAAAGGUUUACUCAGCAGGGAGUUGUGAAGAGACAUAUGAGGGUCCACACUGGAGAGAAACCAUACAGUUGUGAUCUGUGUGGGAAAAAAUUUGUACAUCACCAUGAUCUCAAGAUACACAUCAGAGCUCACUCAGGGGAGAAACAGUUCAAUUGUGGUGUUUGUGGAACAAGAUUUACUCAACACGGAAGUUUGAAGAGGCACAUGAGAAUCCACACAGGAGAGAAACCAUUUGUUUGUAAUGUUUGCGGUAAAGCAUUUACACAACAAGGGAGUUUGAAUAGACACUUGCGAAAUCACACAGGGGUAGAAGCUGUGCAUGUGCCCACAGCUUCGUCAUUAGAGAAUGAAUCUGGCACUGAAGUCAGAAUUUUAUGAAAGGUUGAAAGGAUUUUUGUCUUUGUUAUUUUUGUUAAUCAUAAUUAAACAACUGUUGCUGUGCAA